AAGCACCGCUAAAGCUCUCGACCCACUUAAAGGUAAAAAAACCUCUGCAGUCAAAUUUUCUCUCCUUUUCUCUUCCAUCCUCAUUUUCCGGGAAAACCAGAAAAAACCCCCUAAAACCAUGCAAACAGCCCAACCCCCAAAUCCCCGUCCUCUGUACGACAUAAUCAUCUUAGGAGCCUCAGGUUUUACUGGCAAAUAUGUAGUAAAAGAGGCUCUGAAGUUUCUCAACACCCCAUCUUCUCCUCUUAAAACUUUAGCACUUGCUGGCCGUAGCCGUGAAAAGCUUGUUAAAACUCUUCAAUGGGCAGCCCAUCCUAGUUCUCCUCCUAAUGAUGUUAGUGUUAUCAUUGCUGAUACUACUGACCUGCCUUCGCUUUCCAGUCUUUGUAACCAGACGAAGCUUUUGCUUAAUUGUGUCGGACCUUAUAGGAUCCAUGGUGAGCCUGUUGUUGCUGCUUGUGCCUCUUCUGGGUGUGAUUAUUUGGAUAUAACUGGAGAGCCUGAGUUUAUGGAAGAAAUGGAGGCCAAAUACCAUGAAAAGGCUAUGGAGACAGGUUCAUUGAUUGUUUCUGCAUGCGGAUUCGAUUCGAUUCCUGCUGAAAUGGGGGUUAUGUUCAAUACGAGGCAGUGGGUGGCUCCUGCUGUGCCAAACCAUGUUACCGCAUAUGUAAGUUUGGAGUCUGAUAAAAGAAUUGUUGGGAACUUUGCAACAUAUGAAUCAGCAGUGUUGGGUGUGGCGAACAUGGAUAAGUUGCAACAGUUGAGGCGUUCCAGACCCAAGAAACCUAGGCCUGUGAUUCCUGGUCCCCGUCUUCCCAAUGGACCAACUAUCGAAUACCAGGAGAAGAUUGGUCUCAGGGCUUUAAAGUUACCCUCAGCAGACGCUGUAGUUGUUCGAAGGACUCUUGUUACUCUGAUGGAGAACCCCCAUGGUCUCCCUGGGAUCAAUGAGAGUCCUGAACAUAUUGGAAAGAGGGAGGCCUACUGGUCAUCAGUGAAGCCAGCUCAUUUUGGAGUGAAAAUAGCAUCUAAAUCCCUAUUAGGCAUCUACCGAAUCCUCGGAGUUGGGGUUUUCAUUGGACUGUUGUGUAGAUUUUCAUUUGGGAGGUGGCUUCUAUUGAAAUUUCCCUCAUUUUUCAGCUUUGGGUGGUUCCGGAAGACUGGUCCCUCUGAGGACGAGGUGAGAAGUGCAUCAUUUAAGAUGUGGUUUGUUGGAUACGGAUUCAGUGACAGCAACCUGGCUUCAGAAAGAAACUCGAAACCUGACAUGGAAAUCAUAACGAGAGUAAUGGGACCUGAGAUUGGCUAUGUGACAACUCCGAUAAGUCUAGUUCAAUGUGCUCUCAUAGUUUUGAGCCAACGAGAAAACCUGCCAAAGGGCGGAGUUUAUACCCCUGGCAUCGUCUUCGGUCCGGAUCUCCAAGAGCGGUUGCAAGAGAAUGGAAUUUCAUUUGAUGUCGUUUCAAAGACUGCUCUCCCUAGCCAUGCCCCUGCUUAAAACUGGUAAGCCUUUUGCACACAGACUUGAUUAUGAAUCAAUUUCUUUUUGAUGAAAUAAGAUACAUACAACAAUCGAACAAUUUGAUAAACAUCGAAAGAUGUUUCUUUUUUUAAGUUGUGAUUGGAAGAAUUUGUUGUGUGUUUUCUUAA